ACAAAUUUUUUUAAAAAAUUGUUAUACAUGUUUCCAAACAAAUCUAAUUUGUACUUGAGUUUUAAUAAGAUAGAUAAAAAUCGUCUCUUAGCCAAAAAUGUAAAGAAAAAACAAAAAAAAAAUCAAAUCAUGAGUUAAUAACUCCGGUCAAGAGACCGGGGUUAAUCAUGCCUUCGAUACUCCAAUGGACGUACUAUAUUUUACGUUACAAGUGGCUGGUUUCGCCCUACAUGUGUACCAAUUACUUUUGAAUUGGUUUGAUUAAGAAAAUCUAGUUUUCACUUGAAUUUUCUCCAUUUUCGGUUUUGUCUCUAAUCUCGUCGCAAACCUUGACCCCCACACAAAUCUUGUCCAUAGGCUCUGGAUUUGAGGUUACUUGAUGGAUAAUAACAAUUGGAGACUUGCUCUUCCAAAAAGAGAGCCUGACAUGGGCACAGAUGACUGGAGAGCUCAUUUAACACCUGAUUCACGCCAGAAGAUCGCCAACAAUAUAACGGAGAAACUGAUGAAACACCUUCCAUUUUAUGGAGCGAAGGGAAUGAACGAGGCCGGGACAAUUGCUGCGACGUUCGAGGAUGAAAUUUUCAGAGGCGCUGUUGACCAGACUGAUUACCUUCGGAAAAUAUCCAUGAAGAUGGUGACUAUGGAGACUAAAUGGCAAGAUGCAGCUGGUUCUUCUUCUUCUUCUUCGUUUUCUGUCCCUGAGGCUAGCAAGAAACUACCCUUGAAAACGGAUAAUGUUAAUUCAAAGCCUUUGCUUACGAGAGCAGAAGCUGCAGUGAACACAUGUGACUUGACAACUCAACUGCCAUCGGAUCCACGCCAAAAUAAUGCCAACACGACUUAUACAAGUGUACAAUACAUGACGGGGCCUUCUCUUCCAAGCAGAGAACCUGCCAUGACCACAUAUGACUGGAGAACUCAACUGAAACCUGAUUCACGCGAGAGGGUUGUCAACAAGAUAACAGAAACACUACAGAAGCACAUUCCAUAUUCUUCACCAGAAGAAGUCAGGAGAAUUGCUGUCAAGUUCGAGGAGAAAAUUUUCAGGAGUGCUGUUAAUCACACUGGGUACCUCCGGUCAAUAUCCAUGAAGAUGCUAACUAUGGAGACUAGAUAUCAAACUGCGGCUCGUUCUUCUACGAUUUUACCUAUCGCUGGUGCUUAUAAGAGUCUACACUUUAAUCCAGGUUGUCAUCAGAUGACAAUCGAAGGCCCCGUGAACACAGGUGACUGGAGAACUUGUCUACCACCAGAUUCACGCAAGAAGAAUGCCAACAAAAUAAAGGGAACACUAAAAGAACAUGUUCCAAACUGUGGGAAAGAAGGAAACAAAGAGCUCAAGAGGAUUGCUGUCAGCUUUGAGGAGUUGAUUUUCAACACUGCUAUUGAUCAGGUGGAUUAUUUUCGCAAAAUAUCCUUCAAGAUCCAGAGUACGAAAGAGAGCGACUAAGUCAAAUUGCGUUUGAAGCUUUCAGGCAAUUCCAUAUAUCUAUGACCCUGAAGGCCUUGAACCUCCAAAGUUCAAGGCAUGAAUAAACUUGGAGGGAUUUUUAUCAAACGCAUCUUUAUCCUUUCUUUAAGAGAAAUCCUUAAAAGGAAGUUUAUUUAAUUGGUGUAGAAUCAAAAAUAUUUUUUUUGUAGCAGUUGAUUUAAACAGGACAUUUAAUUUUUUUUUAAGAAAUGAAUAAGGAGAUACACUAAAUAAUCUUUGAUUUACAUUUAGUAUCUAAAUUUUAUUAGAGGCUGAUCCAGAAGUAAAUUUUAAGCAUAAUCCUUAAAAUAUGUUAGAAAUAAACUAAUAAGUUGUUCAUACGUUGAAACAUUAGCUAAGUGAACCAAGUGUCGAGUGACGAAAGCGGAUCGGAAAGUUUCUAAAGAUCCGGGUUCGAAACCUCACACUUAGACUAUUAGUUCGUUUGGCCAAGUGAAAAGGGGUAUCUAAUCUCUUUUGCAAGCAAUUGGAUCUGUCUGGCACUGGUAAAUAGAUCUCUGGAAUAAGUCGGUUGGAUCUCAAUCCACUGGAUAUUCCAGAUAAAAAAACAUUACAUAAGUGAAGUGACAUUUUGUUAUUGUUCCAUGUCUUUUAAGCACAAUUUUAAUAGGUUUUAAUAAAUACUAUAACAUAUUUUUUUUUGUCAACAAUAAAUACUAUAACAUCUAAUAAUACAAUAGAAAUCCAUUGAUCAAGAUACAUAAUUCCAUCUAUUCUAUUAAAAUAGAAGUCAUGACUCAGUUCAUGUGUGAUUUUUUUAUUUGGACCACGUCUUAGAAAGUUUUUUCAAUUCAUUUGUGUAUAACUAUUUAAAUUAUUUUAACUAUGCUAAAACAAAAUCAAAUAGAUAUUCCUAUAUUUACUCUGAAAUUAUAUCUGAAUAAAAUAUUUUCAUAUCUUUUUAUUUAAAAUAUAAAUAUAUACUCCAUUUUUUGAUUAAAUAAACUUUUAAAUAUUUAACUAAUCAAUUUCGUGUGUAUUUAUAAUAAAUAUAUAUUUCAUUUUUCACUUUAAAACUUUAAAAUAUUUAGUUAAUGUCGCGCAUGUUUAUUUUAAAGUUAAAUUCAUAUUUCAUUUUAACUAAAAUUUUAAAUUAUCUAAUUAAUUUUGUAAUUACAAUUAAACUUAUAUACAAUUCUGUAUUAAACUGCAAUAUUAAUUUAAUAUGAUAUUUUCAAUACUUUUUGAUCUUUAACCAAUAAAAAUUUUUAAUUUAAAAUUUUGUAUCACAUAAUUUAAAAUAUGAUAUUACUAAAAAUUUAAAAUAGAUAAAUCAAAUUAUUUGCAUGUGAACUAUAAAAUUGUUGUGUUUUAAAAUUUUAUAUCAGAAAAUUAGUAAUAUGGUAAAUAUUACAAUUAAUCAUGUAAAAUGAAUAAUUAUGUAUGUAAAAAUGAAAUAAUUCCCGCACAGUUGUGCGGGUGGAGAACUAGUAUUCAGUUAAAACAAUCUAAUCAAAAUACAAAAGAGAAAUAUCUGGGAAAAUUAAGGUAUCCGGAUCAAGAUUCAUCGGAUCUGUGGGUUUAGUUUUCAGAUCCAGAUUUGUGGCUUCCGAAUAUCUGGAUUCCGAAUAUCCGUCUAGAUAUCGCAUUAUCCGCGGGUAUCCAGAUCCGCAUCCGAAUUUGUAAAAAUAUAUAAAGGAAUAAAAAUAUUUUUUUAAAUAUUUGAAUUUUUAAAAAUAAUACAUAAAUUAAAUAUUUAUACAAGAUUUAUAAAUAUAUAUAUCUAUGUAUAUAAUAUUAAAAAUUAAAAUAUAAUAUUAGAAAAACUAAUUUUAUCUAUAAAUAUUAAUAUAUCAAUAUAAUUAUCAAUAAAAUU